CACAUCGCCAACUACUUUAGCCGAACCAUAAUUUACCGAUUCCCAAGUCCCCGCUUCCGCUCGUGCACAAGUCCUCACCAUCCUGGCCCUCGUGACCAAGUGAUUUCUUGCAAACCGCCCUCCAGCCCUGGUUCCACAGUCAAGGACUCGGACAGAAUGCUUCAGGUCUCGGCCGAUUACCUGAGUGCCGGUGCCAAUCGUCACUCUUCCGCCGCCGAUUGGGAUGCAUCGGGAUUGCUGGCCUUCGGUGCCGACCGAAAUAUCGCAUUAUGGGAGCCAAUGGACAAGCAAUCCAGAGGGAUUAGUGCCCUGCUCACUGGACAUACAGAUAAGGUAAAUGCGUUGAAAUUCUUACCGGAAUCUUCAUCGACCAUACUCAGCGGCUCUGUUGAUCAGACCUUAAAGGUCUGGAAGAAAUGUGACGAACCGGAGAAAUAUAAAUGCAUUCACUCACUCUCCGAUCAUACCGGCUCCAUUAAUUGUCUCGCCGUAUCGAAAAACGGCGCGUCCAUCUUUGCAUCAGGAGCAGCAGAUUCGACCGUGAGGAUCUGGUCGCAUGAUAAAGCAGUCGAAAUCGUAACACUCCAGCAGACCAUAACCUUACAACCCAAAUUAUUUCCUCUAGCCCUGGCCUUGACUCCCCUGAUAGCAUCAGCCAACUCAUACCUACUUGCAGUGGCGGGAACUCGAGAGACGAUCCAGCUCUAUGUUCAGGAUUCCGAGCAGGACUCAAGAUUUCAGCUUCAGGUAACCCUCUCGGGCCACGAGGGCUGGGUUCGCUCACUAGACUUCAUCCAAGAUUCUACAAGCCAAGGCGAUAUAUUACUCGCAUCGGCAAGCCAGGACAAGUAUAUUCGUCUCUGGCGGAUCAGUCAAGGCUAUAAGGCGCCCUCUCUAGCAGCAGACUCGAGUUUCUCGCAGCUGAACUCACUCUUGCCCGGCAAAACCCUCGCCAAUAAGUCACAACACUUUCAAGCCGAAAGUCUUGACUACUCAACCAGCUUCGAAGCCCUUUUAUUUGGGCAUGAAGAUUGGAUAUAUAGUUGCAAGUGGAAGCAUGCGGGCUCGAGAUUACAGUUACUCUCAGCUUCUGCUGAUAAUUCGCUGGCAAUCUGGGAACCAGACGAAUCAACGGGCGUCUACACAAUUAUAGCCAGGAUGGGGGAAAUAAGCUCAGAAAAGGGUUCAACAACAGCUACCGGAAGCACUGGUGGUUUUUGGAUGGGAUUGUGGGCAGCAUCCGGCAACGCAGUUGUAUGUCUUGGCCGUACGGGUAGCUGGAAGCUAUGGACCUGGAACGUGGACAGGGAACGAUGGAUCCAGGGGAGUGGAGUUAGCGGUCAUACCGAUCCUGUCAAUAGCAUCGCAUGGUCAAAAGGAGGUGAAUAUCUUCUAUCGACAAGCGCCGAUCAAACUACGAGACUCCAUGCAGAGUGGAAACGAGAAGGUCGGAAGACGUGGCACGAGAUGGCUCGACCACAGAUUCAUGGCUAUAACCUUAGUUGUGUCGACACUCUUGGCUCAACUCAGUUUGUCUCUGGCGCGGAGGAAAAGUUACUCCGUGUCUUCAAGAUACCCAGGACCACGGCGAGACUCUUAAAUGAAUUAGCUGGUGGCAACUUCGCAGAUGAAGAUGAUAUGCCGAUAGCAGCCAAUAUGCCAGUGCUAGGGCUUUCAAACCGCACUAUCCCUACUGUGGAGAGCGGCGAAAAGGUGAUGGGAGAUGACGAUAGCCGUCAAGACACAAAAGUAGCUCCAGUUAUCGAGACGUCAAAGCUUGAAAUCAAGUACUUACCUCACGAAGAUCAGCUCUCCAGAGACACACUGUGGCCCGAGAUCGAGAAGCUUUAUGGUCAUGGAUAUGAGAUUUCCGCCCUGGCUACGAGUCACGAUGGCACUAUCGUUGCAACGGCAUGCAAAGCUAGCUCUAUCGACCAUGCCGUCAUACGUCUCUAUGAAACUAAAACUUGGCAUGAAAUCAAGCCUCCACUCACUGCUCACUCCUUGACAGUGACGAGUCUUCGCUUCUCGCCCGACGACAAGUUUCUCCUGAGCGUCGGCCGUGAUCGGUUGUGGUCGCUCUUUCAGCGGGCCGAUGCGAACCCACAUCAAUACCAGCUUCAAGCCACCGAUGCAAAAAGUCAUUCCCGCAUGAUUCUCGACGCUGCCUGGGCCCCGGGCCCAUCGCAUAUUUUUGCUACAGCCGGCCGUGACCGCCAAGUAAAGAUCUGGAUAUGUCAAAGCUCAGAUACUGCCUCGCCAGUCAGUUGCGCCGUGACUAUACGAAGAGCUCACCCCACAACCGCCAUUCACUUUCUUGAUUUUACUACGCCUGCGAAUUGUCUACGACUCGCGAUUGGUGAUGAGCUUGGUCAACUUGCCAUCUUUGAAAUCAAUAUUUCUAGCGCCAGCACUACAGAGCUACCUUUCAGCUUUAAUAGCCCGUGUCUAAACCCGUCCGGGGCGAUUACACAGCUUGCCUGGAGACCUACAAUCAGAAUGAAACCAAAGACAGGUAUGAGCUUGGCAAUGGCAAGUGAAGAUGGUUCACUUAGAAUUUAUUCUAUGGAAUAG